AUGGAAGACUCGCGUGAAUUUCAGAUGAAACGUAUUGAAUCUGAGCUUGGUAUAGAAAGAGACUGCAGAGACACGCCAACGAAGUGUAAAAUACAUAGGGUUCCAAGCAAACUACGAAAAAUCAAAGAGGAUGCAUAUAGCCCGUGUAUGGUUUCAAUUGGACCUUUGCACUCUACAAAUGCAGAUCUCCAAAAAAUGCAAGAGUACAAGCGCCACUAUGUGGUGUACCUUCUCAAUCGAACACCACAACCGGAGAAGACAUGGAACGAUGCAAAAGAAGCUUUCCAUCAUUUGGAAACGACGUAUUUUGAAUGCUAUGGAUCUGGUACAAAUGAGAAUUUGUUUUUGCAGGAUGGAAGUUUUCUAAUCGAUUGUUGCUUCAUACUUGAAUUUUUCAUCAGGAGCUCGGUAAAUGAUUUUAAUUACUAUGAUCAUAUGAAUGUCAAUAAUCCUUUCAUGGCUUCAGCAGUAGCACGAGAUCUGCUAUUAUUCGAGAAUCAGAUUCCCUUCGCCGCUCUCCGGGCUUUGCUUGACACUAUAGAAAACUCCAUGGGAGAACGCUUUCCAAACUUUUCGCUCACUGAGAGUGUUUAUUGUUUCUUCACGUCCUCUCUGCGUUUGUACAAGAAGCCGAAGCCCAUCAAAAAUUGCCGUCAUUUACUCGAAAUCUUUUACUAUAACAGCCUGUCGAGUGUUUCCGUUAUACGGUGGGUAAAUGGUGAUGGUUCUUUUGGAUUCAAACAUUGUGCAACGGAGCUUGUGGAGGCUGGAAUUGAGAUUCAAAAUGACAUGACAAGCGGUUUUCUGGACAUAACAUUCGAUGGAGGAGUGAUUAAAUUUUCAGAGUUUCGAAUACGUGACGAAACAAUGGUAUCAGUGUUCUUGAACUUGAUUGCUUACGAACAAUGCGGCAGUACUCAUGGUGUCUGCCAGCAAAUUUCAUCGUACGCAAUGCUCAUGAACAGCCUCAUCCGCUCCCCAAAAGACAUCGAUUUACUAUGUCAGAAAGGCAUCAUAAUUGCUUCGCGUAUUGACAAUGACGUAACAGAUUUCUUCGAUAGCAUCUGCAGUAAAAUUGUUCUGAGUCGCUUCUAUUACCCUAGACUGUGCGAGCAAGUGAAUGCCUACCGCGACUCCGCAGAGUGGAACAGACACAAGCUUAAAACGUCUUUGCUUGCUCGGUGGAGCAGAUAUAAGGCCGCGUUAAGAAACGAUUAUUUCUCGAAUCCAUGGCGAAUCAUAUCAUUCGUUGCUGCUUUCAUUCUUCUAGUUCUCACCCUCUUGCAAACUAUUUAUGCUACACUCUCUUAUAAUUGUUCCCCUUAA